UGUUUGACAUUCGCUUCUUGUUGUUCUAAAAAGCUACAUGUCGCUUGUCAAAAAGACUUAAAUUAACCCAUGAAGCCUAAUUAAUUUAGAUCUCUUAAUUAGGAUUCCUUUUAGAGGAAAUUGGGUGGGUUAUUGGGUUAUGGGGCAAAUAAAGGGAUCAAACGGGUAAUUAAAUAUAAUUAAGACACGUAUAUAUAAAAUGAGGGGUACAUUAGUAAGAGGAGUAUAUAUGUACAUAUAAUUGAAAGACAAAAGCUUAUGUUGAUGCAAAGUAUAAGGAAGGAUAUAAACGUACCAUUUAUUAAAGUUCGGAAUAAAUCCUUCCUUUAUUUUAGUCACACAAUCUUUCUUAGUUGGUUUCCAAGUCAUUUUUUUCUUUGUAUAUCUAUUGUAUUUUUCAAGAAUAACACACAAUUCAUGCAAAAAGUUAUUGAAUUCCAAAAAGUUGUUGAAUUCCAAAAAAUUCAAUGCAAUUACCUAAAUCUGCCCUGGGAGUCACCUACCAUUUUUUUGAUGAGAAAUAUAAACAUUUAAAAAUAAAUGAAUUUUGUUGACCAGAGGCAGAGUCAGAUUUGACUUCCUUUUGUUAUUAGCACGCACACCUUUGACCCACUAAAAAUAAAGAAGCCUUUUUAGUUAGCUGAACCAGAGAGAAAAUGUAGUUCCUUGGCUUGCCAAAACUGAAUGAGCUAUCUAAAACAUUAUGAUUGAAUUUAUUUUAGAUCUAUAAAAGUGGUAAAGGCAGUAACAUAGCCGAAAAAGAAGAUAAGCAUUUGAUAUCAAAAUGGAGUCAGUUGCCCAUCCACUGGUGUCCAUUAUCUCUGAGAAACUCAUCAAGCCAUCUUCUCCAACUUGUCCUACUAAAAGAUGGCACAAACUUUCUUUAAUUGAUCAAGCUUUUAGCAACUCUUACAUUCCAUUUUCCCUUUUCUACACCAAAGAUAAUGCUAUCUCAAACACUAGUCAAAUAUCUCAACUUCUUGAGGAAUCUUUAUCCAAAAUAUUGUCCACUUAUUAUCCAUAUGCAGGAAGGCUUAAAGAUAAUACUACAGUUGAUUGUAAUGACGCGGGGGCUGAAUUCAUUCAAGUUCAAAUUGAUUGCCUCAUAUCAGAAACUCUUAACUGGCAUAAUACAGCUAUAGAAGAUUUGCUAUUUCCUCAAGGUUUGCCUUGGUCAAAUUGCGCAAGCCGUGGACUAGUUGUAGUUCAACUUACUUAUUUUAAUUGUGGAGGAAUAGCCAUAAGUAUGUGUAUAUCACAUAAGAUUGGAGAUGGAUGCAGUGGUUACAAUCUUUUUCGUGAUUGGUCUCACAUAACUUCCCAUCCAAAUAAUUUCUCCAUACCAUCUCUCCACUAUGUUGAACAAUCUGUUUUUCCUCCACCUUCAAGUGGUCCAUUUCUAUCCCCAUUAUUCAUGUCAAACAAACAUGAUUGUGUCCAAAGAAGGUACAUUUUCUCUAAUCAGAAAUUACUUAACCUUAAGAAUACGGUUGCUUCUGAAUCAGAGGUGCAAAAUCCAACACGUACUGAAGUUGUGAGUGCACUUAUCUUUAAAUGUGCUGUUAGAGCAGCAAAGGCAAACUCAGGGAUUUUCCUACCAUCAUCAAUGGUUCAAGCAGUUGAUUUGCGAGCACAAGUUGGUUUGCCUCCAAAUGCUAUUGGAAAUCUUCUUACCAUAUGUCCAACAUCAAUAAUAACUAAUAACGAAGAAUCUAUGACAAUAUCAAAAUUGGUCAGUGAAAUGAGGAAAUCUAAAGAGCUAGUUUACAAAAGAGAUAACGUCAACGACAACAUGUUUGUUGCCUUGCUACUCGAACUAGCAAAAUCAAAACGGGAAUAUCAUGACAAUGGUCCUAAUGCAUAUCAAAUUACUAGUUUGGUGAAAUUUGCUCUUCAUGAAAUCGAUUUUGGAUGGGGGAAGCCUACAAAGGUGAGUAUAGCAAAUGGACUAAAUAACAAGUUGGCUAUCUUGAUGGGUAACCAAACUGGUGGAAUCGAUGCAUUUGUGACGCUUACUGAGCAGGAUAUGUCCGUAUUGCAAUAUGACACUGAGCUUCUUGAGUUUGCUUCUUUAGUUCCAAGCUGUUAGAUGUUUUACAUAUAUUUUGUGUGUUGAGUAUGUCUCUGAUGAUGACAAAUAAAAUAUGCUCGUAUUAAGUUGUGUGUCAAUGUAUUUUAUUCAGAGUUUUUGAGGAAUAAGCAAGGAUAUUGGAAAUGUUUUGUUGUUCAAUUAGCAUGAGCUCCAGGCGAUGAAUUAUUUGAUUAUUAGUUUGAUA